AUGGGAAAUACAAUGCAAAAAUCCCAAGAAACAAAAGUAGCAGAACUAGGACAGCUGCAACAAGAGGAAGAUUCAAACUUUAGCUGUGAAAUUUGCAUUGAACCUAUGCUAUCAAUCAGAAAAUUCAAGAAUGGUAGCUUGUGUAAACAUCCUUUCUGCAAGGACUGCAUAGCCAAAUAUAUUGAAGUAACAGUUGAGGAAACCACUGGCUGCAUUGAAUGCCCUGGACUGAACUGCAGGCAACUUUUGGAUCCUCUCUCAUGCAGGCAUAUCAUCCCGAAGCCAAUUUUUGAGAAAUGGUGUGAUCGUCUAUGUGAUUCUGCAGUUUUAGGGUCUGAAAGUUGCUAUUGCCCACACCGAGAUUGCUCUGUGUUGGUUUUGAAUGAGUGUAGGGAUAAGCUGAAGAAAGCAAAAUGUCCUAACUGCAAGAAAAACUUCUGUUUCCUGUGCAAAAUUCCAUGGCAUGCUGGAUACCGGUGCAAUGAGAGCAGACAUCUAAGAGAUAGUAAUGACAUUCUGGUUGGUGAACUGAUUGAAGAGAAAAAGUGGACUAGAUGUUAUAAUUGUGGUCACUCCGUUGAGCGAGUUAGUGGUUGCAGAGAUAUAAAAUGCAAAUGCGGGGUUCAGUUUUGCCAUCAAUGUGGAGGACCAUUCCAUUUCGGGUCUUUUCACUCCCAUCAAGUAAAGGGUAGACUCACAGUUGCACCAUCAAGAAAAGUGGAUUCAGGAUAUCCACCAUUACAUGUUUCAGUACUCACAAGAGAAGCAGGUGCAGGUAUCAUUAACUUCAUAAAAGACCCAGAUCCUGCUUGGUUCACCAAGCAAUUGAAUUUGAUUUCAUUUUUCAAAGUUAAUGAAGCAUUUCCUUCUUGCAUUGUGACAUAG